AUGUCGUUAACCUACCUGGUCGCAACAACCUUUUUAGUCCACAUCCUUAUACCAGUUUACCGGAUUACGGAGGACGGUACCGUUCGAGAUCCUCAAAUGACUGAAUUCAAAACGACAGUAACUGAACUCCAAGACUUGCUACAAUCCAAGGCCGGCGUGGCUAAAUUCGUGAACCUCUAUAACCAGAUCAGGCAGCGCAUCUUUGGGCUGAGGAGAGAGCGCAAGGUUGCAAGGGUGAUGCAGGUCGCUACGAACCCUGGAGCGGCGGAGAAGAGGAAGAUGCAGAGGAACGUGAUCAAAAAGGAUAGUAGAAAGAGGAAGGACCGCGGGUUUCUGUGUCUUUUACUUCUAUUCAAAUGUCAAACUCAUCAUGUAUGUGUUAUCCUUCUUCAGGUGAAGGAAAGACGCAGAGAAGCUGAGAGACGUAGGUCUACGGGAACUUGUGUUCUCUCACCAACACUCUCAUUCGAUGUUCAUCAUCAUCAGCUACACCAACUAUCUGCUCAUUGGCAAAACCAAUCUGUCUAUACAUUGGCACUUUCAUUUUGUACAUUCUAUCAUAUCCAUCAUACUGUAACGUGUUGGCGGUUUUUGGGGAAAGUUGGCUCAUUGAGGAUGUGUACAAAAAUGGUUUACUCUUACAAAAUUACUAAGUAA